GACUGGGCAGAGAGCUUGCUCGACAACUAUCUCGCCAAGGGGCUAAGCUCAUUAUCUCAUCGCGAAGAGCCGAUGUGUUGGAGGAGGUGAAGCAGGAGUGUCUAGCGAUCAACCCAGAGACACAAGUACACGUGCUCAUAGUCGAUCUAGAGGACCUGGACAGCUUAGACGGGAGGGCGAAACAGGCCUUGGCCUUCUUUGGCAACAAAAUAGAUGUGCUUAUCAACAAUGGGGGUGUUUCCACGAGAUCGAGCGCCCGAGACGCGGCCUAUGACGUGACAAUGAAGCUGACCAAAGUAGACUUCCUCAGCUGCGUUAAGCUGGCCAAAGCAGUGCUCCCGUCGAUGACGGAGUGCGUGCAAGACAGCCCUGAUAGUCCCAGCGUGCCCAGAGGUGGCCAUAUUGUGAACAUAAGCUCCGUAGCGGGUAAGGCCGGGGUUGUUCUACGCACAGCCUAUUGUGGGGCAAAGUUCGCGCUAAUUGGUUGGUUCGAUGCGCUGCGAGUGGAAGAGCACGUGUUCGGCUCCGGAGUACGGGUGACGAAUGUUUGCCCAGGAUCAGUACAG